GGUUUAGUGGGUUUAAGUGUCAUAGGGUUAGUGGGUUUAGUGGGUUUAAGUGUCAUGGGUUAGUGGGUUUAAGUGUCAUGGGUUUAGUGGGUUUAAGUGUCAUGGGUUUAGUGGGUUUUAGUGUUGUGGGUUUAGUGGGUUUAAGUGUCGUGGGGUUAGUGGGUUUAAGUGUUGUGGGUUUAGUGGGUUUAAGUGUCAUGGGUUUAGUGGGUUUAGUGGGUUUAAGUGUCAUGGGUUAGUGGGUUUAAGUGUUGUGGGUUUAGUGGGUUUAAGUGUUGUGGGUUUAAGUGUCUGUGGGUUUAGUGGGUUUAAGUGUCAUGGGUUAGUGGGUUUAAGUGUUGUGGGUUUAGUGGGUUUAAGUGUUGUGGGUUUAAGUGUCUGUGGGUUUAGUGGGUUUAAGUGUCAUGGGUUAGUGGGUUUAAGUGUCAUGGAGUUAGUGGGUUUAAGUGUCGUGGGUUUAAGUGUCAUGGACUUAGUGGGUUUAAGUGUCAUGGGUUAGUGGGUUUAAGUGUCAUGGGUUAGUGGGUUUAAGUGUCAUGGGUUAGUGGGUUUAAGUGUCAUGGACUUAGUGGGUUUAAGUGUCAUGGGUUAGUGGGUUUAAGUGUCAUGGGGUUAGUGGGUUUAAGUGUCUGUGGGUUUAGUGGGUUUAAGUGUCAUGGGGUUAGUGGGUUUAAGUAUCUGUGGGUUUAGUGGGUUUAAGUGUCGUGGGGUUAGUGGGUUUAACCAUCGUUCACUUGUUUGAGAUGGGCAGAAGUUUACACUUGAACGGGCUGAAUGGGUGUGUUUUGCAGUGACCCUCAUGGUGAACCGGUGCGUUAAUUCGCUUGUUAACGGCGCCUUGUUGAACUGCGUGGGCUGAGGCGCGUGGUAGAAGAGAGGGUUCCAGAUGUUGACUACCUCUCCCGAGCAUUUGGCUGCGGCUACACAUCUCCACUUGAUGAUGAUGGUGGUGAUCUGCCGCCACUUGGUUGAGCUAUCAUUUGUGAUAGCCAAUUCGCUUCUGAAAAAGAGCUCCUGCACGGCAGCCGAUAGAAAAUCUGGCCCCGACUUCACCGCAGCUCCCCUCUUCAUCCUCCUUUUCCUCCUCGAUGGAUCCCGGAGAAUCCAGAGAGGUCCCUCCUCCUCACCACCACCACCACCCUCCGUCGCCGCCCUCCUCCUCCUCGUCGUCGUCGUCCUCGUCGUCGUCCGAGGCUGCGACCGCCCCUGCGGCGGCUCAGCUGCGCAAGAAGAGCGGCUUCCAGAUCACCAGCGUGGUGGUGCCGCCCCUACGGCCCGCCUCGUCCGCCAGCGUCGCCGACGACUCGGAGGGGGGCGAGGACGCGGAGGCGGAGGCCGUCACCGCAUCGUCGUCCUCGUCGUCCGUGGCGGGGGUCGCCGGGGUCGCGGGGGUGGCGGGGGUCGCCGGGGUCACGGGGGUCGAGGGGGAGGGGAGCGCCACGACCGAGGGGGAGGAGGAGAGGAAGCUCUAUGGAGAGUCACGGACGCCGGAUCUUGGGCAGCUGCAGCAGCUGCAGCUGCAGUACAACAGCAGCAGUGAGUGCCAGCAGCAGCAGCAGUUGCAGCAUCAACAACAUCAGCAGCAUCAGCAUCAACAAAAUCAGCUGCCGCAGUACAACAGCGGCAGUGAGUACCAACAGCAGCAGGAACAUCAGCAGCAGCUGCAGUUGCAGCAGCAGUUGCAGCAACAGCAGCAACAGCAGCAGUAUCAACAAAAUCAUCAACAGCAGCAGCAGCAGCACAGUCAUCUGGACAACAACCACCACCACCAUCAGCAGCAGCAGCAGUGGACCGCGGAACCUUCCUUCGUACAACCACCGCAACUACCGCAAGCACCGCAACUACCGCAGCCAUCGGCAGCGUUUACAAACGGUACCGCUGCUGCUGCUGCUACUGCUGCAACAACAACAACAACCGCCGACGUUGCUGCUGCUGCCGCUGCCGCCGCUGCUGCUUCCGCCUCCGCUUCGGCCGCUGCUGCUGCUUCACUGGACUCGGCUCCUCGUUCGCCUGCUGCUGCCGUCGCCGCCGCCUGCUACGCCACAGCGGCAUCGCCACGUCCCACGCCCACCACCACCGACGCCGCCUCAGCCACCGCCGCCGCCGUGGAAGCGUGCGGCGGCGGCGACGACGGGCGCAGAAGUUCCGUCGGUUGUGUGCAACUCGCGCCGCCCACAACACCGGCGGCACGGGGAGACGUCCGGCCGUGCGCGGAACUCUGCGACGGUUGCUUGCAACCGACGACGGCGGCGGCGACGGUCGCCACGACGGCGGUCGCCACGGCGGCGGUCGCCGCGACGACGGUCGCCACGGCGACUGCGCAGAACCCGUCGCGGUUCCGCGUGGUCAAGCUGGACUCGGAGCACAUCGUGCCGUACCGGCGGGGCCGCUGGACUUGCUCGGACUUUCACGAGAGGGAUCCCUCCCUGUACCACCACCACCACCACUAUCAGCACCACCACCACCACCUGCUGCACCAUCAGAAUCAGCAGCAGCAGUUUCAACAGCUGCAGAACAGUCUGCAUCUCCAUCACCAGCAGCAGCAGCAGCAGCACCACCACGGCACCGUGGCCAAUCACAUCAGCAUCAUCGACUGCGACGUCGCUGCCUUUCGUCGCCUGUCUCUGCCCACCGAGACGGAGAUCUCGCUGGCGCAGGUGCAGCACCUGCAGCAGCUGCACCUGCAGCAGCAGCAGCAGGAGCUGUUGCUGCAGCAGCAACAGCUGCAGCAGCAGCAGCAGCAGAGUGACGGACAGUUGGACGGGUUGAUUCAGAGCCUUCCGUUGGACGGGGAAGAUGAGAGUGCCUCUGGAGCCAGCGUGGUGGCCAUCGACAACAAGAUUGAGCAGGCGAUGGUGAGGAGCGGUCACGGCACCACCACGGCACCACCACGCCAGCCACGCCGGCAGCAACGCACCAGCCACACCAAACCACCGCAACACGAGCUGCACCAACCACACUAG